GGGGGGGGGUCCAUAUUUAGCAUCGCGCCUCCCCGGGCGUUUAAAAGCGCCGGUCGCCCUUCCGUGGACCGCUCCAUGUGCGUGUCUCGGCGGCAGCGGCGGCAGCGCGCACACUUUUGCCCGCUCAUCUCUCCCCCCCCCCACCACCGCCACCACCACCACCACCUUUUAUUUUGUUUUGACGUCUAAUAAAAUAACGCCGUUUCCAUCAUUUGCCUCUGAAACUUUAAGAAGGGGGGGGGGGGUUGGUGGGGGGGUGGACGGAAUAACGAGUGAAUUAAAAUGCGACUUAAAGUGGGAGUCGUUCUGCGCAGUGUCAUCACGGGGUUCACGCUCUUCGUUUUGCUCGUGUUGUGGUCUUCCCUCACGGGGCAGAGGGACAGCCCGCCCCGGCAAGACGCACGAGAACAGCAGCAGCAACAGCAGCAGAGGGAGCUGAACGAGCUUCCGAAGCCGCCUCAGGAGGAUCGAUUCCGACCUGUGAUUCCCUGGCCGCACGUGGACGGGCUGGAGGUAAAUCUCGAGAACAUCCGUCGCCAGAAGCACAAGCGGGAACAGCCCGGCGAGGAUGGAGCGCCAGGCCCCAAGCCGGAUGGCGACGGUCUCGGCGGCGGAGACAAAGAACCCCUCGAUCGCUUCCAUCCGAGAGGCGACGCGGCCGAACACAAGCGGGCCGUCAACAAGCAGUACCUAACGUUCAAGCCAAACAAGGUGAAGUACCCGGCGCCCGUGCUGAAGCCGGGCGUCCUGGGCAACUUCGAGCUGCCGAACGGCGAGGCCCCCGGCGUGCCCGGCGGCCCCGGCGAGGAGGGGAAGCCGGUGGUGCUGUCGCCGGAGAAGAAGGAGCUGGUGCCAGCCAGCAUUAAAGAGUUCGGCUUCAACAUGGUGGCAAGCGACGAGGUGUCACUCGACCGCUCCAUCAACGAACUCCGUCACGAAGAGUGCAAGUUCUGGCACUACGACGAGAAUCUGCCGACGGCCAGCGUGAUCAUCGUGUUCCACAACGAGGGCUGGUCGACACUCAUGCGCACGGUGCACAGCGUCAUCAAGCGCACGCCCGCACGCUACCUCGCUGAGAUCGUGCUCAUCGACGACCACAGCACCAAAGCACACCUGCUGGACCACCUUGAUGAGUACAUAAAGAGGUGGAACGGCCUCGUGAAGGUCUACCGCAACGAGCGGCGCGAAGGCCUCAUCCAAGCUCGCAGCACGGGUGCAAAGAAGGCCACGCUGGGCCAGGUGCUGAUUUACCUGGACGCGCACUGCGAGGUUUGCAUCAAUUGGUACGCGCCUCUGGUCGCCCCCAUUGCUCAGGACAGGACGGUCUCCACGGUCCCGCUCAUCGACGCGAUCGACGGCAACGACUACGUGCUGCGGCCUCAGGGCGGCGGGGACGAGGACGGCUUCGCACGCGGCGCCUGGGACUGGAGCAUGCUGUGGAAGCGAGUGCCGCUGAGCCAGCGCGAGAAGGACAAGCGCAAGACUCGCACCGAGCCCUAUGGGUCUCCGGCGAUGGCUGGCGGGCUGUUCGCCAUCGAUCGAGACUUCUUUUUCGAGCUGGGACUCUACGACCCAGGCCUGCAAAUCUGGGGCGGUGAGAACUUUGAGAUCUCUUACAAGAUUUGGCAAUGUGGAGGAAAGCUGCUCUUUGUGCCGUGCUCACGUGCGGGACACAUUUACCGCUUGCAUGGCUGGGCUGGGAACCCCCCUCCGCCCGGCUUGGGCUCCUCUCUCACUCUCAAGAACUACGUGCGCGUCGUCGAGGUGUGGUGGGACGAGUACCGGGACUACUUUUACGCGAGCCGGCCCGAGACGCAGGGCAUCGCGUACGGCGACGUCACGGAGCUCAAAAAGUUCCGCGAGGACCACAACUGCAAGAGCUUCCGCUGGUUCAUGGAGAACAUCGCCUACGACAUCCCCGAGUUCUACCCGCUCCCGCCGCGCAACGUCGAUUGGGGGGAGAUACGCGCAUUGGGUUCCAGCUAUUGCAUCGACAGCAUGGGGCACACCAACGGAGGAGUGGUGGAACUUGGACCCUGCCACCGCAUGGGAGGAAACCAGCUGUUCCGAAUUAACGAAGCCAAGCAACUGAUGCAGUACGACCAGUGCCUGACGCAGCAACGCGACGGCAACAAGAUCACGAUCAUGCACUGCGGCAUGAAGCAGUUCGAGGAGUGGACGUACGACAAGGAGAAGCACGUGUUCGUGUACGCGCCGAAGGGAUGGUGCCUCGAUCGCUCGGAGCUGCUGCACCAGGUGUUCGUGGCGACGUGCGAGGAAGGCAAAACCUCGCAGCAGUGGGAGAUGAACAACAUCGUCGGCCUCUAACCUGUGACCUGUGUGACCCCGGAACCACGUGACCUGCACAUCGACGUCUCUAAAGCACACGUGCCUAGGCAUGUAACGAUUCACCGCCCCCAGUGAUGUGAUCGAUUCUCUCGAUUUCGGGGUCAUGAUUGCAAUCGAAAUUCGAUGGGGUUUUUGUUUAAUGUCUCGUUUUUUAUCACCUUGUUUGUAUUGUUUGUUUGUGUGUUUUUCCCCUCUCUCCUAUGUUGAGUUCCGUUUGCUCCACUCACCCUAAAUGUAAUACAUUUGUGCCAUUUUGUGAACGACCCAUACAUUGUAAAUAAUCGAUUCUCACGCGCACACUUGGAUACGUGUUUCAUGGCCGUUAAUUUCGAUCUGAAUCGUUACACGCCUCUUUCAGCCACGUUUACAUAUAUGUACGUGUGUGUGUGUGGUCUGUGUAGGGGCCGAUGUAUGAAUCUUUGUCUUUGUCAUGUUUGUAUAUCUAUCAGCGUGUGUAUAUAGUAUAUAUACUGUACGUGCGUAUACGAGUUCAGUACUGUCGUGGUUUAUGCACUGCACUUCGAACCUGGCUACCCGAGUUCAAUUCCUGCUCAUGACCAAUAAGUGUUCAAUAUUUUGAACCAGUGCUGUGAGCCUCCCCUAGGUCAACUUGCAACUUGGCCUUAAAUGAGUACUUGGUCUAGUGUGUGAACAUCGGCACUGGGAAGACAAAGACAGCCGGGCGUGGUGUUGCCUACCCACCUCCUCAUGUGCCAUGCUUGCCUUGAUAGGCACUAGUCACAACAGUAUGUUACGGCUAUGCGGGGGGGGGGGGGGGUCUUUGUGUGUGUGUAUAUAUAGCAUAUGUACAUAUAUGUGUCUAUAUACCCAUACAUGUGUGUGUGUGUGUGAUACUGGUUUCGUGUACAUUUUGUGCACGCGUGUACAUAUAUACAGUAUAUGUAUUAUCCUUAUGGAAAAUAAUAUUGAAACAAGUCUUGAAAAGAUAUAAGACGUAUAUAUGUAUUUUUUAUAAAUAUUUACGUUGUAUCAAUGGCUCAGCCUUCUCAUUUUGGAACCAAAUUUGUUGCAAUGCUCCCGAGUUGGUAGGUGCUGCAUUGGGGCACGAGAGAACAAAUUAUUUCAAUUCUGAAGUUACACAGAAUACUCGUGGACCGGCUACAUACGUUUAAAUAAACUUGCAGCAUCUCGGUUGCUUUAUUUAUUACAAUACCAACAACAAUAAUGGACCGCAGCAAAACAAAAGUUUACGUUUCGACACGUAAUGCAAUAUUUUGUGAAUUUUCAACACUUUCGUCAAUAGUUGCCUGAGAGAGGGGGGAGAGAAAAUAUAUAAAUACUCGACUUUCCGGGCAAAUUGCCAUGAAUUUCCCUACGAUGAUGUUAGGCCAUUGCCCGAAACGUCGACCUAUUGUGUAUUUGUUUUCCCCUUUUCUAGCGCAAUGUUAUUGAUGAGUGCGUCGCUUUUUAUUUAAUUUAUGCUGGGCACAACUACCAACGCAGUGUCACCCAAGUUUUUGUUAUUUUUGUGAAUUGGAAAUGUGUAAAUUCAAAACAAUUUUCAAAUGUGAUAGAUUUUUUUUUACAUGAUAGAUUUUUUUUAUAUGAUAGAUUUUUUUUUUUUUACACUUGAGUUGUUAACUCGAGUUUAGUGUUAGGGUCGCCCAGCCUAUCGUGCAGGGCACUGUGUAAGAUAGCAGAAGCCACGAGCAUCUGUCGGUAGCCCUGGAUUGCUCAAUUAAAACGCAGGCAGGGCUUGUAAUGCCGCGUCUGUGUCGCGUUGCGGAAAGUAGCUUCUGUAGCGAUCGGCCACCUUUGUGCUCUUCAUACUUUCAAAGCCCCCCCCCCCCCCCCCGAGUCUUUGUGCGUACACAUAAUCACGGCCGUUGGUAACCCAUGUGUACAGGGCGGUCCAGGUGUCUUGUGAUCCCCAUUUAAUUCUCUAAAACUUAAUAUGCUUGCACACCGUUGGGUGUGAAAAGGGAAAUGAAUAAGCAAAGGGAAGAAAAAAAUGUUAGGGGCCAAUUAGAGGUCACAUGACAUCUGGACCCCAAUGUACAUGUCCAGCCUUUAGUCGAUCCCACUGCUGGAUGGGGUCUUCCCACACCGGGUAGGUCGUGGGAAGUAUUUGACCGCAGUGGGAGUAUAGAAGCACAGUAGAAAAACGGAUUUUAGUGGCAUGAAUAUCUUGACCUUAUUUUGACAUUGUUAUUUUUGUACCAUCAGAUUUUGGGGGCCCUGACUUGAAGAAGUCACUUUAUUUUUUUUAAAGGAGAUGUAUUUUUCUUUAUAGUUUUUUAUUUUGUCAAAUAAUCGCUGUGCAUGAUACAUUCCUUUUGCAGUACGGGUCGCCAAGAAUACCGUUGGGUAUGCGCCCGGCGUUUCCUUGAAAUCUCUCCAUCUUUCGUGUACGCUGCAGUGAUGCUGAUAUUUUUUUUGCAACGCAGCCUUGUUGAGGUUCCGUUGAGGCCGUGCGGCCCUCCGUUGUCGGGAGCGGUGCGUGGCUAUCGAGUGUGCAGGUGGUGCAACUGCACCGUAGGGUGGGGGGGUACGUGGGCCGGGGAGGUUACGAAGAGAAGUGGAGGGGGUGGGUCAUUGGACAGGGGACGCCCAUUUAAUUUGCACCUUCUGAUAAGCACGGUUGGCUACGUACGGUGCGAAAGAAAUUCAACAUGCAUUCAUUCCUUGCAGCAGGGCCCGUGCCAACCGCGCUAUGCCACUGCGUUGUGUCAAUUCGUCGUUCCACGCAGACAUUGUUGUCUCCUUGCGCAGCAGGAUCUUUUAGGAAAGGCGUCGCUGUUCGGAAACGUUCCCAGGUUUAACUUAAGAAAUUCAACACAUACGUCGAUAAAACGUAAAAUGAAAAAUAUAUCAGAAGCAAUGUUUUGACCAGAGGCCCUUCACAGGACACACAUGACGUAUGUGCAUAUAUGAUGAUGUGUGUGUGAUUUGGAGAAGGAUCCAUGCCGACAACGUUGCCUAGUGUUUAUCUUUUCCAUAUAAGGAAUUGUUAUUGGGUGUGACACGCAGUCGGCUUUUACGACCACUAUCCAUAAUAAAGCGGGGGUCUUUUCGGGUUAGAUCGCGUAAAUGUUGGCGAACGUUUGGAGGUUUUUUUUUUGUCAACUGUGCUUGGGAACCACUGCAAAUGCAGCAGAAGCACCAAAAUACAUGGUUUAAGUUUACAUAAAGUAGCUGCUGUGACACACGAAAUAUAUUAAUUCAAGCUCAAGGCAUCGCACCAUUUCUAAUCUUCACGACUCCUCUCUCCCUCUACUUCCUACCUUCUCCUUAUCCAGUCCCAUACCACUUUUUAAAUCGCCUAAUUAUUUUGUUUUACCUAAGGGUCUCCAAACGUAUUUGUACGACUAUACAAAUCGAUGCCAGCGACCCUUACCAUCGAACAACCGCCAGUCACGGCUUGUCCACCCGACCUCUCCCUUCCCACGUCCUGUGUCAUCAUCUCCCGUCUCUGUCUCUCCCUCUGAACGUUAGGAUCCGCUCGGUGGGUCCUGGUCCGUGGACGAUUGUACGCCUUAACCCUCUCACGAUUUUUCGCCUGAACUCUCGCACGAUUGUGCACGCACCGCACUCUGUCACGGGCUGGACUGCGUUGACCUGCGCCUUGAGUAACAACUCGCAUAAGCAUGGCUGUCAACCCCUUAUCGGUGCCCUACGUUAUUACAGACAAAUUCAGACCUUAUUGGUGACCCCGUGCCCCUUAUAAAUCUCAACGUUCAUCCGACGAAGUCCCAUCACAGGGGGAGAAACGAGCAAAUAUACAAAACAAAAUGUUUGCCCGUAUCUGAACGGCCGUACGCCGUAAUGGACCUAAAAACUAAAUGUCCCUGUACAAGAAUACGUGGUAAAAUCGUACGGGUUGAAAGGCUACGGUAAAGGGUGUUGCUGUUGGUUGGUUUCAACUUUUUGGCUGUGCUGGCACACCGCUCCACGUCUCCCCCUACCGGGGACAUGGCUGCUACUGCGUGGGGCGGAGUGGUUGUGGAGGAGCGGCUCGCUCCCACCGGCGGCGGCGUCGUCGUUGGCGCGGCGAAUCGCGCGGUGCAUUCGGCGGCCGGUGGUGGUGGU